AACAGAUUCUUUAAUUUCAAUGAAUACAAAUUCUACAUUGAAAUCAUAUACAACAUCGAAUAAAAGUAUUAAUUUUACACAUGUUGAAUUGGAUCCAAUUACUGGCAAUAUUUAUGUUGGUGCAUCCAAUUGGAUUUUUCAAUUAGAUUCCAAUACAUUGAGAGUGGAACAUGCUGUACGUACUGGUCCAAUACGUGAUAGUCCUAGCUGUCCACCAUCCGAUUGUUCCGGUGUUGAUCCAAAUCUUGUACAGAUUACAAAUAAUGUGAAUAAAAUCUUAUUAAUCGAACCAUAUGCACGUAUGUUGAUUGUAUGUGGUUCUGUUCAUCAAGGUGCUUGUACUAGACAUCGUUUAGAGGAUAUUUCACAACAUGAAGAUCUCAUACCAUUACCGGUUGCAUCGAAUGAUGAAAAUUCAUCAACAAUUGCAUUUGUUGGACCAGCAAGAUAUUUUGGUGUACAAUUGACACCCAUUCUAUAUGUGGCAGCAACUGAUUCACGUAUUGGACCAUAUCGUGAUAUGGUGCCAGCCAUAUCUGGUCGUUCAUUAGAAUCAUCAAGAUUAUUCACUAUAAUUGAUCGUGGUUUUGCUGAUAGUGCACGUGUUGAUAUCAGUUCGAAUAUACGUGAUUAUUUUCUUGUAAAUUAUGUUUAUGGAUUCUAUGCAAAUGAUUAUGUUUAUUUUGCACAAAUACAACGUCGUUCAUAUCUUCGUACAUUAGAAGAAAUGGGCUAUGUAACACGUUUAUCACGUGUUUGUGUUAGUGAUGCUGGUUUCCAUACAUAUACCGAAUUAACAUUAGAAUGUAUUCAUCAUCAACAAUAUUCAUCAUCGUCAUCAUCAUCAACAACAAACAAUGGACGAUAUCAUCAUCAUCAUCAUCAUCAUCAUCAGCAUUCUUCAAAAAUGAAUAAUUUAAAUAUUGAACAAUUUAAUCUUUUACAAGAUGCCAUCCUAAUAAAAGCCGGUUCUGAUCUUUCUGAUUCAUUGAAUAUUGAACGUGGUUCAUUAGUAUUGAUUGGUGUUUUUGCCAAUAGCCAUGAUCAUACUAAUCGUCCUAAUGGUGGUAAAUCGGCAUUAUGUGUAUAUCCCAUCGCCGAUAUUGAACAACGUUUUGCUGAAAAUAUUCAUCUCUGUUAUAAUGGCAGUGUUUAUUCACGUAAUAUGGAUUAUAUUGCCGGCAGUGUUAAUCAAUGUCCAGAGCCUGGGGCUGGAAAUGUAUUCAAUUUUUGUAAUGAAGCUGUAAAAUUAAAUGGUUCAAUACCGUUACGUACACAGGCAUCAAUAGUAUUUGAUGAUGGCCAUACAAUAUUGACUGCCAUUGCAGCUGGCAUUACUGGACAGCAUACGGUUGCAUUUUUAGGCACCAAUUAUGGUUCAAUUAAAAAGGUAUUAUUAACACGUGGUGAUUAUGGCCAACAAUUUGAUGAAAUAACAAUCGAUCCAAAUCAACCGAUUUUAGCCGAUUUAUUUGUUGAUGCUGAACAAAAUCCACGUUAUCUAAUUGCUUCAUCACCAUAUAAAGUUGUAAAAUUUCCUGUAGAAACAUGUGUACAACAUAAUUCAUGUGAUCAAUGCCUUCAGGCUCGUAAUCCAUAUUGUGGCUGGUGUUCAUUGCAGAAAAGAUGUACAAUCAAAUCUGAAUGUCUAUAUCAUUCGAAUAAUAAUAAUGGUGGUGGUGAUGAUAAUCAUUAUUCAAAAAAAUCCAAUAUCGAUACACGUCAUUCAACAACAACAACAACAACAACAACAAUGAUGACAAUGUUUGAACAAAAAUCAUCAGUAUUUUCAACACCACGUUGGCUUUCAUUAGAAACAUCACAAUGUAUUGAUUUUCAAGCAAUUAAACCUGAAUUUAUGGCAAGAAAUUUAUUUGCACCGGUCGAGCUUAUUAUCAAUCAAUUACCUCCAUUGCCUUAUGGUGCCAAUUAUCUUUGUGUAUUUGAACAACAAGGACAACCAAUACCGGCAACAGUUACACGUAAUGGUCUCAUAUGUCAAACACCAGCAAUACAAUUGCGUCCAAAAAUACCAAUCGGUCAUGAUCAUAUUAAUGUUAAUGUUGCCGUACGUAGUAGUGAAACUGAUACAGAUUUUAUACAUCGUUCAUUCAUUUAUUUUGAUUGUUCUGUACAUAAAUCAUGUAAAUCAUGUGUCAUGAGUGCCUGGGAUUGUAAUUGGUGUAUGCAUGAAAAUCUUUGUACAUAUAACACAUCAUUAUGUACACGACGUAUGAUUGUUGGUGAAAAUAGCGCACAAAAUUCAUUGAUCAAAGGCGUACAACAUUGUCCGUCAUUCAAUAUUGAACAAGAAAUUGUUGUACCUAAUGGACAACGUCGUGAAUUAAGUGUAGAGAUACGAAAUCUAAUACCAUCAAGUGAUGGUUUUCAAUGUAUUAUUGAAAUUGAACAAGCAAAAGCAAAUGUACAAGCACGUAUUAGUGAUAAUAAAAUCAUCUGUAAUGAAUUGAUGUUAUCAUAUCAGGAAGAAAUUGGCCAACAACGUGCAUCAUUGACCGUAUUAUGGAACAGUGAUACAUUUAUUGAUCGUACGAAUUUCACCAUAUAUAAAUGUCAAUAUUUGGGUGCAUAUGCUGGCCGUGCUGAUUGUUCACUUUGUCAAACACGUGACAAUAAAUUUGGCUGCGUUUGGUGCCUAAAUCAAUGUUUAUAUAAUGAUCAAUGUACAGAUUUACCAAUUAUCAAUACAUGUCCACCACCAAGAAUUGAUUAUAUUCAUCCAAUAUCUGGUCCAAUUGAAGGUGGUACAUUAGUAUCGAUUGAAGGUUCAAAUCUUGGUUCAUCGUUUGAUGAGAUUAAAGAUCGUGUAUCAAUCGGUGGUAUACCAUGUGAACCAAUACAAUAUAAUGUAUCAAUACGUAUUGUUUGCCGUACCGGUGCCAGUAUGAUUGGUCCACAAUCAGCAUUCGUUAUUAUUGGUAAUCGUGCAGGCGUUACAAGAGCACAGGAAAAAUUUCAAUAUAAAAUUAUCGAAUUGAUUGACGUGAAUCCAAAAAUUGGUCCACAAUCUGGUGGUACACGUAUAUAUUUGAGUGGAAAAAAUCUAAAUAUCGGUUCAAAUGUUGCCAUCUAUUUGGAUGAUUUACCUUGCUAUGUUGAACGAGCUUUAGCUAGUAGCUUUCAAAUGAGCUGUCGUACAAGUGCAGCACCAUAUCCAUCAUAUGUUGUAACACGUCUUAUUUUAAUGAUUGAUGGUGCUAAUUAUACAUUGGCUAAUCCAUUUCUUUAUACGGCUGAUCCAACAAUUGAUCGUAUUGAACCAUUACAAAGUUUCUUUUCUGGUGGUCGUAUGAUAACGGUGACUGGAUCACAAUUUACUUCUAUACAACAGCCACGAAUGUUGGUAUUUGUACCAAGAAUCACACAAUCACAUCAUAAUCAUCAUCAACAAAAACAAAUAAAUCAUCAUUAUCCAACAGUAUGGACACCAACAUACAAUGGUCAUAAUAAUAAUAAUAAUAAUCAUCAUCAUCAUCAUCAUCAUCAUUAUAUUCACAAUAAUCAUCAACAGAUCUGUACAAUUCAUUCACCAAUUAAAAUGUUGUGUCAAUCACCAAUGAUAAAUGGUGAUCUACAAUUAUUGGCUAGUAAUCUAAGUCAAACAAAUUUUCUAUUAGAAUUGGAUAAAUAUUAUCCACAUGUUGAUUCAAACAUGCUUUAUGUAUCGGAUCCAAUAAUUUAUUCAUUGAAUAAUGGACAAGGAAAAUCAAUCACUAUUGGUGGCCAUAAUAAUAAUGAUAAUCACAAUGAUAAUGUAUUACCAUUCAAAGGUGAUGUUAUCAUUGUUGAAGGUGAAAAUCUUGCCGUAUUGUUAUUGAAUGAAUUUGAAUUAAACAUUACUAUUGGUCAACAACGUUGUAAUUUAACAUCGGUGAAUAUGAGACAAAUUAUCUGUCAGCCACCAGUUUAUCCACCUGCACCAACCGAUGAAUUAGGACGUCGUAAUUCAAUUGAAUUACCGGCCAUUGUAUUGAAAAUUGGUAAUAUGCGUCGCCAUUUAGGUUAUAUUUAUUAUUCAGAUUAUUUUUAUGCCGGUUUUAAUGAUCAACAAUUUGGUGGUGGUCAUCCACCAAAUUUAGAUCAAGAUUCAUUAUCAAGAUUUUAUCAUCAAAAUCAUCAUCCAUCAUUUGGUGGUGUUGGUGCUGGUAGUGAAGCUGAACGUGAAUAUAAACGUAUACAAUUACAAAUGGAUACAUUGGAGAAUAAUGUACGUGCUGAAUGUAAACAAGCAUUCGCCGAACUACAAACCGAUAUUUUACAUUCAAAUGGAUUAUUGAAUAUCGAUGAUCUACAAACCAUUCCAUUGCCAACACAUGAUGAACGAACAUUUUUAUUACGAAUGUUUUUCCAGCAACAAAAUUAUCAACGGCCAUCGAUUGUAAUUGAACAAUUUGAACAAUUAUUAAUGAAUCGUACAUUUUUAUUAAUAUUGAUCGAUACAUUGGAAAAACAGACAAAAAAAUCAUUUUCAAUUACUGAACGUAUGCGUUUUGCAUCAUUAUUAAUGAUUACAUUAUUGGAUCGUAUGGAAUAUUCAUUCGAUAUAAUGAGACAAUUAUUAUCACAAUUAAUUGAUCGUUUUGCAACAAAUAAACAUUCAACAUUAGAAUUAAUUAAAUGCAAUGAAACGAUUGUCGAAAAAAUGCUCAUCGAUUGGCUAUCGAUUUGUCUUUAUAAAUAUGCUCGUGAAGUAUCAAGUGGUCCAUUGUUUUUACUAUUCUCUGCGAUCAAACAUCAAAUCGAUAAAGGUCCAGUCGAUUUUGUUACUGGCAAUUCUAGAUACUCAUUAUCGGAAGAGAAAUUAUUACGUGAACAAAUCGAUUAUAAAACAUUAACUGUACAUGUAUUUUUGGAUGAUAAAUUACAACAAACAUUACCAAUAUCGAUUAAUCGAUUAUCGAAUGCAAAUCGAAUCAAUAAUAGUAAUAAUAAACAACGACGUUGGAUUGCGAAUCAAUCAACAUCAACAACAAAUCAUAGUAGUAGUACACCGGUACAAGAUUUCCACAUUAACGGAAUGGCUGUAACCAACAACAACAACAACGCCAAUAAUAAUAAUGGUCGUGGUAGUGGAAGUGGAAGUGGAAGUGGUGAUCAAACAAGUUCAACAGAUAAUAUACAACAACAGCAACAGCAACCAGCAAUAAUGACAAUUCGUUCACCGAAAAAUGCAAAUUCAAAUCAACAAUCAUCGACAACCGCAGUAUUAUAUCAAGAUUUGUAUGGUGUUGCAUCAUUAAUGUCAAAAAAUGAUGCCGAUAGAAUAUAUAAUGCUAGUCGUCAUAGUAAUAUUUCAUCAUUAGAAAUGGCUGAUAUUCUUCUCGAUGAUUAUGAUCAUUCUACACAGAUUUUAACGGCAAAUGAAGCCAUUUGGAGACGUUUAAAUACAAUAUCACAUUAUGGUAUUACUGAUGGUGCUAUACUAUAUUUAUCCAUAAGACCAACAAAAUCAUCAUCAUUAUCAUUAUCACCAUCAUCAUUAUAUUCUGGUAAUAUUAAUACUACAACUGCUACUAAUACUACUGCUACAAAUAUGAAACGAUCCAAUAAUAAUAAUCCACUAAAUAAUUAUCGUUAUCAUCAUGAAUCCAAUAUCAUUUCUAGUGGUGAUGGUGGUGGUGUUGCUGGUAAUGAAAUAUAUGACAAUUCAAUAACAAACGAUGAUGAUGAUGAAAAUACAGAAUUUCAUCUUUAUGAACAAAUACCGGCAGAUAGAAAUUCUAAUCAUGAUUCAUCAUUCUAUGGUUAUCAUCAGGAUAAUAUUUAUAAUUUAUCAUCGGAAACAUCUUCUACACGUAUGAGACCACCAAUGGCAGCAGUAAUUAAUUAUGGAUUAUCAUCAUUACAACCACAACAACAACAACAACAACAAAGAUAUGAAUCAUAUAUUUAUCAUCAAAGAUCACCAUCGAUAUUUCGUCCGGAAGAAAUAUAUGUAACACAAAAUGGCAAUCAACGUAAAGCAUGUGGUGGAAAUACAUUGUUAACAUAUCAAACAUUGACAAAUUCAACGCCAAAUUCAUCAACAUUAUUUACACCAAAUCAUCAAUCAAGAUUAUUAUUGCAGCCAAAAAAUCAAUUAUUAUCAUCAUCAACAUCAUCAUAUCGAUUAAAUUCAACAACAAUAAUCAAUAAUCAACAUCAUCGUAAUAAUCGUCGAUCAUUUGCACGUAAUGUUUAUGAUCGUCUUAGUUUAUUCAUGAAACGAACAUCAACACCGAAAAGACAACAACGACGUAUAAAUCAUACAUUACAUAAUAAUCAACGUUUAUUGAUGGCCAAUAGUGAUUAUGGACAACAAGCUAAUAAUAAUGAUAAUUAUUCUACUGUGGCUUCUUCCAAUAAUCAAAAUGAUGAACAAAGACAACGACGACGACAUAAUAUAUGGCAUUUAGUUAAACCAUCUAGUUUAAUUAAUGAUUGUAUUAUUGGUGUAUCUGGUGGUGUAUCUUUUCUUCAAAAUCAUAAUGAUAAUGAUGAUUAUGAUGAAUUGAUGAAUAACCAUAAAUCUUAUAGCCUUCGUAAUCUACGUACCAUUCGUCAACGACGUGCAUUACGACGACGACAACGACAUUGUUUUACAAAGCAAUUUCCGAAAACAAAUGCCAAAUCAUCAUCACAAUUGGCGGCUGAAGCAGCAGCUUCAGCUGCAUUAUCAUCAUCACAAAUGAAUUUGGAACCAAUAAUAAAUGGUGGUGGUGGUGGUUUUAAUAAUUCUUCUGUAUCGAUGAAUUCAUUGGCAGCAAUAUCAACGCCAAAAACAGCAUUACAACCGACAACAACGACAACAACAUUGACGACGGCAACAAUAGCCAAUAAUGGUUCACCAUUAUCCAUAUUGACAACAUCGGCAUCAUCAUUAUUAGCAUCGAUAUUUUGUUCAAAUUCACAACAUCAACAGCAACAACCGAAUGAUACAUUGAAUUCAUUAUCAACAUAUCUUAUAAAUCGAUCGAUACCGGAAAUUUAUUUGACCAGAUUAUUAACAACAAAAGGAACAAUACAACAAUAUGUUGAUGAUGUUUUUCAUACAAUUUUCACUGUUAAUGAACGAUUACCAAUAGCAAUAAAAUGGUUAUUUGAUUUUUUUGAUCAAGAAGCAAUGAAAAAUUCAAUAACCGAUUCGGAUAUAUUGGCACAAUGGAAAAGUAACAGUUUAAUUCUACGAUUCUGGGUCACCAUAUUACGUAUGCCGGAGAUAUUGUUUGACAUACAAAGCAAUAUUAGUAUCGAUGUUUGUUUGGAUGUUUUGGCACAAAAUCUAAUCGAUACAUGCCGUCAUCAUCAUAAUCAAUUGAUCAUGAAUGAUAAUAAUAAUAAUAAUAAUGGAAAUGGAAAUGUUUCCAAUGGAAGCCAUAGUAGUAGUAAUAAUAAUAAUAAUAAUAAUGAUGAGAAUAAUGGAAAAAUUUUCAAUAAAGAUCCAAAUAACAGUAGUAGCAGUAAAUUAUUAUAUGCACGUGAUAAUGCAAAUUAUCAAAAAAUUAUAAAUGAAUAUUAUAAAGAUAUUUCAUUAUUACCAUCGAUAAAAGAAAGUGAUAUUAUUGCCUAUAUGAAAGAUGUUUCAAAGACAUUUGAAGGAAAAAUUCAUAAAGAUAAAUCAUUAGAUCAAUUAUUGACAUAUUGUAUUGCAUAUAAAGAACAAAUAUUUCAAUCAUUGUCAAAUGAACCAAAAGCACAGCAAGAACAUUUACAUUUAAAAUUUGAGACAAUUAUUUAUGCUGCAAUGGCCACUACUACUGCGGCUACUACAAAUGUUGGUGGUAGUCAUCAACAACAUCAACAUCAACAACAACCAUCAUCAUCAUCAUCAUCGUAUGGAUGUCAACAACAACGUUCAAAUGGAAUUUCUCGUUGAACCUGAAGUGGACUGGGGAAAAAAAAUUUUUAUUUUUUACUUUUUCUCUUUUUGUUAAUUUUGUUGUAAAAUUUUCUGUAAAUAUAUUUUAUAUUGUCUUGUCUUGUUUUUUAUUUCUUCUAAAUUUGUUUCGUGUUUGUUUGCGCUUGUGUAAUGUAAAUUGUAUAUAAUCUUGUGUCUUUAUAAAUAUUUUGAUUGAUUUUUUUUCUCGAUUUUCUGAACAAAAAAAAAAAAAAAGCAAAAAUUAUUUUACAA